GGUCCGGCUAAGUCGCGGCGAAACUCUCUUGCCCACCAGUGACCGCCACAGCCACAAUCUCUUCCAGUUCCGCCGCGAUGGCGGCCGUCGCCAUAGCCUCUUCUUCUCCGUUCUCGAACUUUCCAUCCACCUCCUCACUCUCUCCGUCGCUCGAGCUGAAUAAGAAGAGGAAUCCGAGGAAGAGUGUCGCUGUGGCUGUUACGGCGGCGCAAUCGCAGCCCUACGGGCGCAGCGCAAGCAGAGGCCAAAACGAGAAGGAGAAGGAGAGGGACAUAAUGGAUAGAGAGAAGAGGGAGGAGGUGAAUCGUAAGAUUGCUUCCAGGAAAGCUUUAUCCGUCAUAUUGAGGAGGGAGGCCACCAAGGCCGUCAUCGAGAAGAAGCGAGGGAAGACCAAUUCCAGGAAGCUGCUCCCCCGUACCAUCCUCGAGGCCAUCCACGAGAGAAUCACUGCCCUCCGAUGGGAGUCUGCUCUCAAGGUGUUUGAACUUCUUCGCGAGCAAUUAUGGUAUAGGCCUAAUUCCAGCAUAUACAUAAAACUCAUUGUCAUGUUAGGGAAAUGCAAACAGCCUGAAAGAGCCCAUGCACUUUUCCAAGAUAUGGUUGACGAAGGUUGCAUCAUAAACCAUGAGACAUAUACUGCUCUCGUAUCUGCAUACAGUAGAAGUGGCCUGCUUGACCAAGCAUUUGCGCUGCUUAACAAGAUGAAGGUUACCGAUGGCUGCCAGCCUGAUGUUUUUACGUAUUCCAUUCUUAUAAAAUCGUGUCUUCAAGUCUUUGCAUUUGAUAAAGUUCAGCUUCUUCUAUCUGAUAUGGAGAGCCAGGGUAUAAAGCCAAACACCAUAACAUACAACACUCUGAUUGAUGCUUAUGGAAAAGCAGGAAGGUUUGUGGAGAUGGAAUCCACACUUAUGGGAAUGCUCUCCCACAAAGAAUGCACACCUGAUGUUUGGACGAUGAAUGCAACACUUCGAGCGUUUGGAGGCAGUGGGCAGCUUGAGAUGAUGGAGAAGUGCUAUGACAAGUUUCAAAGUUCUGGUAUAUCACCUGAUAUCAAAACCUUCAACAUACUUCUCGAUUCCUAUGGCAAAUCCAAAAGGUAUGAGAAGAUGGGCGCGGUCAUGGAGUACAUGCAGAAGUACUACUUUUCCUGGACACUGGUGACCUACAAUGUUGUCAUUGAUGCAUUCGGGAGGGCAGGGGAUCUAAAACAAAUGGAAUACAUCUUUCGUUUAAUGAAGUCGGAAGGGAUCAAGCCAAAUUGUGUUACGCUAUGUUCACUUAUCAGAGCAUAUGGAAGGGUAGGUGCUGGGAGUAAAAUAAAGGCUGUAGUGAGAUUCAUUGAGAACUCUGAUGUGAUGCUAGACGUAGUGUUCUUCAACUGCUUGGUGGAUGCAUAUGGCAGAGCAGGGCUUUUGGCUGAGAUGAAGGAAGUGCUGGAGAUGAUGAAGGCCCAAGGUUGUACCCCUGACAAGAUCACCUACAGCACCAUGAUCAAGGCUUAUCUCAGUAGAGGAAUCAAUGGCCGUCAUGUUCAAGACAUUCGGGAUCUAAGUAAAAGCAAUAUCGCUUGAACUUAAUGGGGGGCGGCAUCCAGUAUUUUUGGUGCUAAAGUUAUGGUAGUUUCAUUUCGAGCUAUUAAAGUUUUUCUAUUGAUUAUGUUUUGAACAAAUAAAAAUGAGAGAAAUAGAGAGUUAACUAAUUGAUCUUCCCAGCA